AUGUUGCAACCGUUGAUUAAUUCAUUUUGGAACGCGGACGUUUGGUUACCGCCAAAUACGACGUGGGAAGAUAUUGCCCCGGGUCCACAUAAGGUGGUGGUGUAUACGGAUCACCGUCACGUCUUCUUCCCAAUACCGUUAGCAUUUGUGUUUAUAAGCCUACGUUAUGUAUUACAGAGGCUAGUGUACGGGCCGUUCGGCAAACGCCUAGGCAUUAAGGACACACGGCCGAGGAGAGCGCCGAACAACCCCAAGUUGGAGGCGGCGUUUAAGGCGUCGCCGAAACUGAAACAGCCAUGCGGCCUAGCCAAACAGCUGGACAUGACGGAGCGGCAGGUGGAGCGCUGGUGGCGGCUGCGUCGCUCCCAGGACAAGCCCUCGACCCUCGUCAAGUUCUGCGAGAACCUCUGGAAGUUCACCUUCCACACGAGCAAUUUCAUAUUCGGCCUGGUCAUACUCUGGGACAAGGAAUGGCUGUGGGACAUCGAUCAUUGCUACAUUGGCUAUCCUCACCAGGGCGUGAGCGGCGACGUGUGGUGGUACUACAUGGUGUCCGCCGCGUUCUACUGGUCGCUGAGCAUCUCGCAGUUCUGGGACGUGCGGCGCAAGGACUUCUGGCAGAUGUUCGUCCACCACGCGGCCACCGUCGCGCUCAUCUCCUUCAGCUGGGUGUGCAACCUGCACCGCGUCGGCACCCUGGUGCUGCUGCUCCACGACUGCGGCGACAUCUUCGUCGAGGCGGUAAAAGCAGCCAAAUACGCCAACUACCAAAGGACCUGUGAUGUGCUGUUCCUAUGCCUCAUUGUGGUCUGGAUUGGCACCAGAAUUGGCAUCUUCCCAUUCUAUCUGUUAUGGAGCACAACAAUCCGAGCGCCCAUGCUGGUACCAAUGUUCCCGGCCUACUACAUCUUCAACUCGCUGCUUUGCCUACUCCUCGUGCUGCAUUUCAUCUGGACCUUCCUCAUACUGCAGAUCGCCUACAAAACCAUACAGGCCGGCAUGAUGGAGGGUGACAUACGUAGUUCCAGUGAUAUCAGCGACAGUCCAGAGAAUUCCAACCACAACAAUUCCAAUUGCGUUAAUAACAAAAAGGAAUCA